CAUUUCUUAGUGAUAUUCUUUGUUUAUUUAAUGGUAUGGCUUAAUAUUUUUCAUCUUAGACUCUGCCACGCAAAUAUAUAAUGAUCUCAGCCACACAGGUUCCGGACGCCAUAUGUCAGCUGGAGGGGGACGGUCUGCCACGUCUAGGCCACACAGGGAUGACAAGUGACCUUCAUGUUCUCUGGAUGUCUGUAGCACACAAUGGCUGUUAAGGUACAAGCUGUCAUAGCUGCAUGGAAAGAUUUUGGCCUUGCUGAGGUACAAAGAUCUCUAGAUGAAAAUGCCUCUGAACUUGCUGCCCGCCAAGAUGAAUCUGAAGAAUCACGUAAGAAAUUGGUGGAACUGUCAAGAGAAUUCAAGAAAAAUACACCAGAGGAUGUGCGGAAGCAGGUUGCACCACUACUGAAAAGCUUCCAGUUAGAAAUAGACAACUUAAAUAAGAGGAGUAAAUUUGUAGAAACUUCAUUUCUAAAUGUAUACAAGAAAGUCAUUGACAUUAAUGACCCACUGCCAACGUUAGAGUACUGUGUUGGUCUGGAAAAGAAGGUAGGGCGUCUUACAGACCUGGAAAUAGAGAACAAGAACCUGAAAGAAACUUUACGUGAUUAUAAUGAAGAAUUCAAAGAAGUCCGGAACCAGGAUGUAACAAUAAAAAACCUAAGAGAGAAAAUAAAGAAUUAUGAGGACAUGAUGGAUGAAACCGUCACGUCCAAGGUCAAGGACUUUGAGAAAGAGUUAUCUCAGCAGUAUACAGAGAAAGAGAGAUUGCUUCGUGAGACACAAGAGUCAGUCAUGAGGAGGCUACAGGAAGCUGAGGCAAGAGUUCAAACCCUGCAAUCCACUCUUGAUGUCACUCAGUCAGAACUGUUCGAACUGAAGAGCAAGUCAGAUGAAUCCACCUUUGCAAAAUCUGAAGAAACUGAUAUUUUGAUGAAUGACCUGGAGCGAGCCAACCAAAGGGCUGUGACUGCUGAAAGGGAGAUGACAAGAGUACAAGAGGAACUCCUAGCUCUGAUGUCUUCCCGCAGUACUGAGGUACCUGGUGCAGCCUCAGCUGUGGGGGAUGUGGAACCAUCAGCAGAUUUCCUUGCCAGGUCCUCAUUGGAGAUUGAAUUGGCAUCCAAAGAAAAAGAAAUAGCUCAGCUUGUAGAGGAUCUCAAACAAGUACAGCAGUGUCUUAGUGAUUUGACAUACAAAUCCUCUCAGGAGGUUGCACAGUUUCAGAGAAAAAGAGAUGAAGAUAUGCAGAAGAUAGAGAAACUGGAAGCACAAAUUUUAAGGCAAAAAGAUUAUGAGGAAAUAAAGAGAGAGCUUAAUAUUAUGAAAUCUGUAGAGUUUGGUGGAUCUUGCACAGACGUACAUGAGGAAAGUACUCAGGACUCACCAUCAUCCCCCAAAUCCUUAGAGGUGCUUCUUUUAGAGAAAACUAAAACUCUGCAGAAUGAAAACAUGUUACUGAGGCAGUCCAAUGCAACGAUGACAAAGAGAGUGACAGAAGCUGAGCAGGAGCUUACAGACCUUCGUACCCUUGUCACAGAACAGAAAGGUUUAAUAUUCAACUUAGAAUCAGAUUUGUCUUCUGUUCAGUCAUUUUCUACCAUCUGCCGAGGAGAAGGUGAAGGAUCAUCCAUGCCAGAGAUUGUUGCAGAGGCUGUCAGGGCCUCCAGCAGCUGCACUCCUCCACUUGUGACCACAACAUCCAACACACAGCCACCCACCCCCACACCUGGAGGCAUUUCUCCGGAUUUACCCUCUGCAGCAGAGUCUCUUUUGCCAAUUGUUUCUGCUCAGCGCGAACGCUUCAGACAGCGCAAUGAAGAGUUAGAAGGAGAACUUACUGGAAAAAGCCAGCAGGUGAUUCUCCUACAAAAUGAAUUGGAUGCCCUCAGAGCUGACAAUUUAAAAUUAUAUGAAAAGAUUAAAUUCCUACAGUCCUACCAAGGAAGGCAGCCCAAGGAGGAUACUGCAGCUGAAUCUCGAUAUAGCAGCCAGUAUGAGGAGGCCCUUGACCCCUUCUCAUCUUUUUCAAGAAAAGAAAAACUACGACGCUAUUCAGCUCUCAGUCCCUUUGAGAAGGUCACUUUGUCUAUGGGACGGUUCAUCUUGGGGAACAAAACAGCACGUACAGUAGCCUUUCUGUACACAACUCUUGUACACAGUCUUAUAUUCUUAGUCUUGUAUAAGAUAGCACACAUAGAGUCUUGUAAGAGGGACUUUGCAUCAGACUGUGCUCAGAAAUUUGCUGAACAUAUGCAUCAAGUUCAUGGAGAAAAUGAUGUUAAUCAUUUUUGAAGUGAUGAAUGCACACACACACACACAAAAAAAAAAGUAACUAGAAAGGCUCUGAUGAAAAGUUAAACUUACGGAGUUUGCCAAUAGACCUCUUUCCAAAGUCUUCAGAUUCUGCUGCCAGAUGAAAGUAGGUCAGAGGGUGGAGCUUAGGGUUAGCUAGGUGGCACAGACUUCAAACGUUUGUGUAGGUAUUAUGGGCUGAAAGGUUCGAAAGCCCCUGCCCUCAAAGCCACAGGCCUGACAUCUAGGGAGGAGAGUGACAAGAAUUGGAAAGGAAUCUAUUACACAUUAGAGCUGUUUAACAGUCAACAUUAACUAUCCCAUGAACACAGUGAGUGGAUAUUUCAGAGAAGUUUGGCACACCUUCAUGUAUGGUCCUGUAUUUGAAGAUAUAAUUUUUUUAGCAGUAACAUUAAAAAAUACUUGCUAAACCACACUGUAAUUAAAAGAAUCUUCAAGUGUAUCCAACAUGUUUUCUCUGUCCGGAAUCUGUUGUUAUAGGGUAUAGAAAAUAAGCAGUAAUCAUAUGUAUUAAUAGUGAAUAAUGCACAAACAAUAAGUUUUUACAUUUGUAUGCACAAGAUUCUGCAGUGUAUGGUGGAAAUACAGGCAGUGAAGAUGGUUGGUGUGUGGGGAAAAGUGUUCUCAGUGUUAAAGGUUCCUGUCAACACGAGUGCAGCAAUAUUGUUACAUAAGGUUGUCUAUACAUCUGCUUAUUAUACUAUUCUGUCUUAAACAAGGUUAAGAGCAAUAGCAGUUUCAUAAUUGUUCAGCCUCUGUUGUUUUUUCUCUAUUCGUCUUAUCAACUCAUAUCAUGUGUAUCUUGUUAUGCCACUUUAAUUGUAAAGUGGUAACUGCAUUAUUUAUACAGAUUACAUUUAUGUGGAAAUGCUUAAGAGGAGUGACUGGUUCAGAUGACGUUUUUAUUAUUAAUAGAACUAACUCAACCAAAAUUUAAACACAUGGUAAGGAACAAAAAUGAUGACUUUUGAGAGCUUGCAAUUGAAAACUGGUUAAUUAAUUAAUUCUGGAAUUAGAGCCAAGAAUUAGACUUAGUCCCAAAUAUUCAACCUGUUUUGGAACCCUACUCCUCCAAGUCUAUUACACCUACAAUAUUGAUGAGGUCUCAUUGGAAAGAGCAUGAAACAUUAAUUACACUUUUAUAAAUUUUGUUAGAUCUCUUCAGGUUUUGACCCUACUGACCCUGGUUUAGAUGGUAUUUUUUGUACCUAGAGAUCUAUAACUUUGAAAUUAAGUCUGUAGGGGAAUUAUUUUCUAUUUUGAUAGUCUGUAUGCCAUACUCUUCCAAAUGAUGCUCACCCAGUGUUGUAGGUCUGAUAGUUUUUGAGCUUGAAAACUCUGAAGUUGGAAAGUAAAAUUUCGAGAAAACACAUUCAGUUUUAGAAGAGAUUCUAACACCUAAAAUUAUAUGUAAAAUAUGCUAAGGUAUUCACAGACUUAGGGAUGUUAGAUGAGGAAAUUAUGCCUCAGGGGAUAUUCUCUAGUACCUUUGGCAAUGGAGUAUUCGUAUUUGGUAUAUGUAUUCAAGUACAUUCAAAUACAGUAUUGGGAUGUAUUAAUAUUUGAAUAAUUCCUUUUAUUAUAAAUAAUGUAUUCUGAUUGAUAUUUGAAUACUUGAGCAUAGUAUUUGUGCUCUAUGAAUAAUGAGAUGAAUAUAUAAUCAUAAAUUUAUUUCCUCUCAGAAGUGACCAUUCACUUGACUGUAAAGUGUUGCCUUCAGCCAGAACACAUGGAGAAGUGUGACAUCAUGGCUGCUAAUUCACCAUGUUUAGUAGUGAGUUCUGAGCUACCAGAUGGAAGGUAUUUUUCUAGGAAAAGUAUUUAUGAAUAAAUUAAUGAAAAUUUUUAUUAAGCAUUUGUAUUUACAUUCAAAUUCCUAGAAUUUCAUUGUAUUUGUAUUAACAUUCAUAUUCUUUGAAAUUUGAGGUAUUGGUAUUCGAUUACUAAACUCAUUCUUUCACUCAAUCCCUGCCUCUAGCUUGAUUACAGAAAAUGUUGGGACGGUCAGAUUUUGAAUCUUAUGAACCAGUCAUUCUCCUUAAUAAUUAUAUCGUAAUUAUGUUCAAGCUACUAAAGUGGUGCACCAAGCUUUCAGCUUGAUUUGUUCUGCAAAAAAGUGUGCGAUACUUUAAAUCACUAAUGUUAGAGAAUGAAUGAUAAAGUGCUUAGUUGGUGUAUAGAUGACAACUUUGAGACAGAAGUCUCAACAGAAUUCCAAACCAGUGGUGCAGUAAUAUUUAUUUGCAUUGCUUGCCCGUCAUAUAAUUUGUGUUGACAGGACUCAUAUGUUGCCAAUAGUUUGUGUACUUUACUGUGUAUAUGGUUUACUGCACUCUAAUUUCCUCCUGUAGACAUGCUCACUGAAACUUCAAAGAUAUGUUCUUGGAAUUUUCAAAUAGAAUUGGAAAGAAUAGACACAUGUGAGAACCAAGUACAGUUACUCCAAUAAAUAGAUGCAACUAGAUGCCACACAGACAAUGGUAAAGUAAUGGUCGAGCUGGCUCCCAGCCUUACUAGGCACUUUUCCUUUUUUGUAGAAAACUGAUAUUUUGGCAUCAAAGUCAAAUCCUGGAAUAUUUUGGAAUUGCUGCAAAACAAAUUCAUGAGUUAAAAUGUGGCAAAACUUGGUGCACCACCGUAUACAUAUAUUUUUUUAUUUUCAUAGUGUAAUAAAUAAAUAUAUAUAUAUAUAUAUAUAUAUAUAUAUAUAUAUAUAUAUAUAUAUAUAUAUAUAUAUAUAUAUAUAUAUAUAUAUAUAUGGGGUACUGUAUAAUGUCGUAGUGGUACAUUGUCAAAUCUGUAUUACAGCGCCUUGCAGGGGGAAAAUUGAAAAGUUGUGCUAGAUGCAACAGCGGCAUUCACCAUGGGAAACUAGUUAUUUUUAAAUGCCAGGAACACUUACUAUUUUAUAAAUUGAUUCAGUGGAUUUAUGGCAUUAACAGACACCCCUCUCCCUCUUAGUCUGUUAAAGCCAAGGAUUUAUAUAUAUAUAUAUAUAUAUAUAUAUAUAUAUAUAUAUAUAUAUAUAUAUAUAUAUAUAUAUAUAUAUAUAUAUAUAUAUAUAUUCCAUGUCCAACAUUUCACAUCAUCUGUUAGAUGAGUUAUGGGUAUCUAUUACUGAAUGGGCAGUAGGGUGCAGCUAAUGCAUGACAGACUUUGUAAGAUGAAUGCUGAACAGUAUAUUUUUAACAACAUUCUGAAAAUAAUUAUAGUAAAAGUUAAGGUGGAAGUUGUAUGCCAUUAUCUAAUACUUUGUUUACCAUCAACAAGGAAAGUCUUACUUGGGAAUAAAAAUAACUGAAAAAUUA